AUGAAAUCUUUGAUUAGUCUAUUUUUGAUCGUUGUCAUUGCAAAUACUAGAUCAUAUACAUUAUACAAAUAGUGUGAUUCAACUUGGGGAUAAGAUCAAUUAGGGACAAGUUCAAAUACAAUUUGUUCUGCUGGAUGUUUGAUUUCUUCAGUUGCCAUGAUGCUUCACACUUAUGGAGUAACAACAGAUGGAACAACAACCCCAAGAACAAUGAAUACUUGGUUAAAAAAAAAUAAUGGAUAUGCAUCUGGAGAUUUAUUUGUUUGGGCUUCAAUAAAUAACCUCGGAUUCAUAUUUUAAGGAAAGUUUACAGCAGCACAAGCUUAAAGUAACUAUGUUUAUUAAGCAAAAAGAUAAAUUUGAUGCUGGUCAACAUGUUAUUUUAUGUGUUAAUAAUGGUGGUCAUUAUGUCUUGAUGACAUCAUAUUCUGGCGACACUUUCAAUGUAAAUGAUCCAGGAUAUUCAAAAACCAGUUACCCAGCUAGUGGAGUUACAAAUGCAGCUACUUAUACAUAUAGCAAACUCACAUUUUUCAAGAAACAUGUCUUAAAUUUGGAAUGAUGAUUCUAUUAAUAUAAAAAGGGAG